AUGACAAGAGGAAGAGCCGUGACAUUUCUGACGGGUGUGAUUGAUGUGUUGUUGAGGGAGCGAUGGCAAACAGGAUCCCCAGACAGAGAGCGGAUUGCAGACAGACUGGUGCUGUGGAGUUCCCCUGCAGAGGAACUGAGUGUCCUGCUGCUGAUCGCCUCAAUAUCCUCCAGCCCCAAACAGCCCUCUGCAGCCAGGCACCUGUGGGCCGCUCUGAAGGCUCUGCCCAGGGCUGAGGCUGACACGGGGAGCAACGACCAACACAUCUCCGACUCAUCCCCGACACCCGCCAAGCAGUGA